AUGGGUGCAUGUACCAUAUCAAAGAUUGUUCAUGAAGUUUGUCUAGUCAUAUGGGAAGAAUUUGUACAUGACUUUAUGCCAGUUCCUACAAAACAACAUUGGGAAAAAGUUGCUAAGGACUAUUAUAAUCGAUGGGGUUUUCCGAACUGCAUUGGGUCUUUAGAUGGGAAACAUUGCCAAAUUAAGUGUCCAAAAAAUUCAGGAUCGAGCUACUUCAAUUAUCUCAAAUACUUUUCAUUGGUUCUACAAGGAGUUGCAGAUGCAGACAAAAAGUUUUUGACAGUUGAGGUAGGAGCAAGAGGAAAGCAGAGCGAUGGAGGAACAUUUGCAUCUUCGGCACUUUUUCAUUUAAUGGAUAGUAAUAGUUUAAAUGUACCACCUGAAAAAAAUUUACCAGGAACAAAUAUCAAGGUACCUCAUGUUUUAAUCGGAGAUGAAGCCUACCCGUUAAAGCCAUAUUUAAUGAGACCUUUUCCUUCCCGAACCUUAACACCGGCAAAAGAACGUUUUAAUGAUAAUUUAUCAAGAGCGCGUAAAUGUAUUGAAUGUACAUUUGGAAUAUUACGUGCCAAAUGGAGAUUGCUUGGAAAGGAGAUCGAGGUCAGUUCAAAAAAAGCCGUAAUUAUAAUUAAAUGUAUGUGUUUAUUGCAUAACAUUGUCAGAGAAAAAGAUGGCGAUACUGAUUUAGACUAUUGUAAUGUUAUGUUGGACACACAUAACAAUUAUUGGGAAAAUGAAAAUUUAAAUCAACGAGCAAGAGGUACAAAUGCUCUUCAAAGGGCAAAAGAAGUAAGAGAUGCAUUCGUGGAUUAUUUUUUAAAUAACGCAUCAUGA